CUAGUUCCUUCCAAAGAGACUCUCUAAUCCAACCACCCGAACAUCCCCUCUUCUCUCGCGUGUAUAUAUAUAAUUCCCGUUUUCCGCCGUGAGUCGCUGACCACCAACUAUAUCUUCUACAUCUCUCCGUCAACCCGAGUUUUGUUCGAAAACCUGAAGAAUUUUUUGAAGAAUAAUAAAAGAGCAGGAGCUUCUUCUCUUCCUCCCUCGCGCUUUUCUUUCAUUCUGGAGUAAAUUUUGCACAGCUUCGACAGGAGAGAUUUUGAAAACGGAUUCAAGCGAGCUUCCUGUGAGAAGCUGUUGCUUUCAUCACUCUGGCCGACACUCGAGUGAUAUCUUCUCGCACCUUAAGGGAGGUGUGGGUUUUUCUGGGAGGAUUCAUCCUUGCUCCCCUCGUCGCUUCUCCUCUCCUUUUCAGUUUGUCUCGUUCUCUGGUUUGGCGCCUCCCCGUUGAUUAUGGCUAAUCUUCUUUGAAUCUAUUCUUUCCCAAUGUGAUCACUGCUUCUCUUUUGUUCUUAGCCUGUAAGAAUUUCGGUUUUCAGCUAUUUGGGAUGUGAGUAUCAAUAGGUGAGGGGGAAAGGACAUAAAAAAUAUAUAUAUAUCUGUUUGUGUUGUUGUCUCUGUGGAGAAAUUCUUUUUCUCGAAGUAAGCCCGCCCAUUCAUCAUCUAAACUGAUGGCCAUGUUCAACUGCUUCUGUGUGUUGGGCGGUGGAAGGAAGAAGAAGUACAAGGUUUAUGAAGAAACUCCAGACCUUGUCCAUUACGACAAGGGGCAUGGAACUGUAGAGGUAAAGCUGGAACAUCCUGUAAAAAAUCCCCAUGCCAAGGAACUAAAUUCGACAUCUUUCAGUGUCUCGGUACCCUUUGGCAUCCAGGAAAACUCCACCUGCAAGGUGAAGGUGGUUAGCGAGGAAAGUCCUCUAGGAGCUGAAGCGACAGAGGCCUCUUAUGAAGGGGAAGAUGAGCGUGAUGACAUCUUGUCAAUGAAGCGGGAUUUCUCUGAUUUUAAUCUCCAAGCUCAAGUAGCUAACGGAGAGGAUACGGACCAAUCGAUGAACAAAGAGAUGAAUUCUUACCAUUCAAUGGAUAAUGAAACGAGUAAUCAGUCUGAGAGAAAAUCAUAUAAGGAUGCCAUAGUGGGAACCGAGGUGAUCGAAAGCGGACAUGUUAGUGAUCCAGGGAUCGUGAAGGCAGAAUUCUGGGCACCGCCAGAGCUUAAGCGCUCGUGCUCCAACCUUGAAACAAGCGACGUCCUGAGGAGGAUGGCUGAUCAAUUGCCAACAUUAAGGACUCAUUCUUUUGAUAACUUAAAGUAUUUAAGUAAGGGGACGGGGGUGGAAAUCAUUCCAGAAAUUCACGGCAGCCCGGUAUCAGUUAGAACCUCUUGCAGUGCGGACAGGGUAAUUCUGAAAAAACAUUCUUCUAGCCAAAUUCUGCCUUCGAGGAGUAGAAGGUUGUGGUGGAAGUUGUUCCUCUGGAGCCACCGGAACCUGCACAAACCAUUGGAUGUAAAACCAAAGCUGCUCCCCGUUGGCCAUGAUUCGAACCAGAAAGGUGGGUAUUACUCAGAUACGCUGGAGCUGAACUGUGCUAGCAAGGAAUUGAGCAAGUUGAAUUCCCCAGAAUCAUUCACUGAACAACCCAGAAAUAGUGGCAGCGUUGACAAAAAUUAUAGUAACAAUCAGAUCUGGGGUACCCGUUCAUGGCCUCAGAACCAAUGGGUAGCAUUCUGUACAGAAUCGUCCUCCUUGACCAGAGUUGACGAAUGGGUAAACAGUCUUGAUGCCCAGUCCUCUCUUCCGGUUACAGAUGAAGACACUGGUGAUGAGUCUAUUGUCUUUCCUCCUUCUCCUGAACAUAGUGUGUCCCCAGCAAGAAGCACGACAUAUAUGAGCAGACACCCUAAUGCUAAUGUCUCAGAGGAGGUUUUCUAUGCCAACAGUGUCAUCCAGUCUCUGAAUUCUUCCUCAACCGUGGCUCAUAUUGCUGGAAUGGGCCUGAAAGUCAUACCCACAAUCUCUGGAUUCUCUAGUCUUCGAUCUGUCAACUUAUCAGGCAACUUCAUAGUUCACAUUGCUCCAGGUUCGCUGCCCAAGGGACUCCACACCCUCAAUUUGUCAAGAAACAAGAUUGCAGCUAUUGAGGGCCUCAGGGAGCUGACGCGCUUAAGGGUACUCGAUCUCAGUUACAACAGGAUUUCCCGGAUUGGCCAUGGGUUGUCUAACUGUACACUCAUCAAAGAGCUCUAUCUGGCGGGAAACAAGAUUAGUGAUGUAGAGGGGCUACACAGACUUUUGAAGCUAACAGUUCUGGAUCUAAGCUUCAACAAGAUCACAACGGCCAAAGCACUUGGCCAACUAGUUGCUAAUUAUAAUUCCCUGCUAGCACUGAAUUUGCUGGGGAAUCCAAUUCAGAGCAAUAUUGGCGAUGACCAGCUGCGGAAGACAGUUUCUGGGCUCCUUCCACAGCUAACUUACCUGAACAAGCAGCCCAUCAAACCACAGAGGGCACGAGAGGUGGCCAUAGAUAGUGUUGCAAAAGCUGCUCUUGGGAACAAUGGUUGGUCACGCAGAAAGCCACUGAAGCGGGUAAGCCCAGGUGGAUCAUCUUCUUCCAAUGGACAUUUGAGCAGCAUUGGUGGUGGUAGUCAGAAGAGUCGGCAGAGGUCAAGGAGCAGAGUUCAGCAUCAUUCCCCCAUCAGACGGAGGUCUUAAAUUGUUUGGUUACCAAUUGGAUUGAAUAACUACUUUUGGGGAGCCAUUUUACCUCAUAAUUGGAUUGAAAAUUAUUUUUGUUUGUUAAUUUCAUAAGUUAAUAAAGAUUUGUUUAAUUUGUAUAUUUAUAUUUUUGUUAGUCAGUUUGGAUGAUUAUUUGUAAGCAACCUAAUGGAUUUGAUGAUAUUUUGAGUUCAAUUCUAUGUGAUAUUUCAAUCUGUUA